UGUCAGCCCGAAAACGUUGCAAACCUACACGGAAUUCUUCACCGUCCACAACUCUACAACUUCUCAAAGCCAGAAGAGAACAUAAUUUGGGCGCGCUGCCUUGCCCAACUCCAGUGGUCUUUUUUUUUCUCUGUCGCCCAACUUAGGAGGUAUUUUGAUUUAAUUCAUCAUCCUCUAGGUAUAUACUACCGUAACAUUCACUGCCUGCCUUGGAUCCUUUCGUUUAUCCACAACCUGCAACGACAAAAAGUUGUUUUGUCUUGAUCGGUUGGUUUGGUUGCUUUAGGAUCUUAGACCGAGACGCAUUCGCGUUUUGAUUCGAUACGGUAGCCGUGUCACUGUAGCCACCAUCUUUCUUUUUUCCCCUUCCGUACCAGUAUCGCGCAAAGCCGUCCUUCUUUUUUUCCCUAUGGUAAGGUUAGGAUUGUUAGGAUUACUAUCGUGAUGACGAGGGAACGCAAAAAAGCCCCGCUGCCCGUACGUGGCGUGCGGGCUCUAAACCGCCGUGCAAAGAUGGAGAGAGCACAGAAACAGCAGCCAGAUGACACCUGGCGAGCCUUAAAUCCAUUAAAGGAACCUCCCAGGAUGAAGCAUAAGACAACCUUCGAAUUAGUCGAGAAUACAGACAAAAAGAAGAAGCUCGAGUUCAAGAUCACCAUCGAUAGACACCCACCGCCGGGUUUCGAAUUCGUCCCUGUUGGUUAUCCACAGUUAACGCAAAUGUGCAAAGAACUAUCCAGAGAACAAGAUGCUAUGAUAUUCAUUGUUUCAGACUCCAAGAACCCAGACAAUCUCGACCACCAUGUAAACCGUGUCGGGUAUCAUUUUAGACAGAUAAUUGUUGACCAAGCUCGCUCAAAACUGGCAGCUACUGGACAAAAUGUUCACGUCCCCCCAGCCCACGCAUCUGGCGCACCUGAACCGAUACCUAAGAGCCAAGCGGAAAUUGAUGCUCAAGCAGAUGCAGUCUUAAGGGAUCUUUUCCCAAGAAUACCUCAUACCGACCGACGCGAAAUUAUCCAGCAUGCGUUUCAAAAAGAUGGGAAAUUCCAUGGCGAGUCUAAAGUUGGCAUGGUUAAAGAACUAACCCUAGCACGCAGGGUUCAACUUGCUGCGAUCGCCCACAUCAGGCAUAACCACACGCGCUAUGAUGAAUUAUUGAAAGAAACUAACUGGCACAACGCUCGAAGAGCUGUAGAAAAGCCGUGCUUAGACGUCAUCGUCAAGUGGCGAGGUGACGAAGAGACCGGUCGUGACCAGCUUGACGAGAUACUUCGUGAAGUCAUUGAGAUUUCUGAUACCGAGGAGGAGUCCGAGGAUGAAUCUCCCAAUGCAGAGUCUAUACCAGCCCGACGCGUUGUCACGAUGCCCGCUGAUACGUUAGCGAGGUCUAAGGCAGAACCACAAGGUAAAGAGGCUGCUAACCCUGAGCAGCCACCCCAUCGUUCCAGUCAUAGUCGCAGUCACAGUCGUGGUCGCGACCUAUCUGUUCCAGGUGUUCUUGGACCAUCUAAGCAGAGAGCAAUUGCAAAGGCCGAGAAGAGAAGCGCUCGAAAGACGCAGCGUUUCAGGAGAUAUGCCGCCGCUGCCGAAGCUCUUGCGGGCUCAUCCGACCACAGAGUCUAUGCUGAGGACUCGAAUGUGGCCCCUUUUGGUCCUGUUCUAAUGGAUCUUACCAGAAGUCCGGGUUCCACCCACCCUAUUAGCUCGAGUCGCGAGCCAACAGUGGUGACGCGUGGUACUCCUCGUAUUGAACAGAUGUCGCGUUAUUCUGAAUUGCGAUCAGACCAGCAGCGUUUCAAAGGUGGCCCUCUGAGAGAGAUGAUGACCGUCGCUCAUGGCCUUCCUGAAGCCGAUGAAUACGCCUCGCCUCAACUGAUACGCACUCCAGAAAGCCAUAGGCCCAAAGUUGGGCAUGCAACAGCAACUCAUAGUCGCCAAUCGGUUCCAGUUUCGCCAGUAAGAAACGGAUUGCAAGAUAUGUUAUUACAAUCUAUCGAGCCUGCGUCCCCUGUUGUCCACAGGAACCCCCCUGAAGCUCCUCGAAUUUUAUAUCGUGAGCCUCAGCGCUUCGCGGAAGAACCUCGUGUCGUUUCCCGGCCCUUUCACGACCAUGCAGGUUUUGUUUCACGUCCCGAAUCCCCUAGAGUCGUGAGUCAUGGUAAUGUGUUGGUAACAAGACGCCUUCACGGCGCAGACUAUCCCUCCGGAACCCAUGAUGCGUACCCCAAUCCUUUUGCCCCAGCCAGUCAUCAGGUUCAAGGUGAGGACCUACGACGCGUGCCGUCUGGAUAUUUUCCAGAUCGGCCGUCGUCAUCUUUUAGAGGUGCAGACCAUGUCUUAUCCCAGCAUCAGCCCUGGCCAGUUCCUAGUGAAGGGAUGGUGCACUAUAAUGGUGAUAUUUCUCAUAGGACCAGAGCAAAUCCAAUUAUCAUUGAUGACAAUGAUCAUAUGCCUCACAGACCUCGUCAAGUAAUUGAGGUGCAACGACAUCCUGGUAGAGAUUACCCUGUUACACCGUCAGGGCAAGAAAGUUUCUUCCACGAUGCUACCCGUCAAAGAGACGCGUACAUCCGAGAUGAGCCUCGAGUUGUAUUGACUGAUGCGCCGCCCACCCGGCCGAGAAGCGCGUCUGAUUACCGCCGCCCUGGUAAUUAUUCUGGUCCCGGAUUGACUUCGUAUCACGAACCCAGCAUCUAUAGAGUAGCAGCGCCAGAAUUACGACGUCAUGUAACCGAUACCGCCCCUGAUCCUGAAACCAGAUACUACAGAGAGCGUAGCCAGCACUUAUAUGAACCAAGAGAAUGGCCCGGAAAUGUGCCCCGAGAAGCUCGAGCUGUCCCUAUUGGACUGGCUCGCCCCGAAGCGCGGUACCUAGGCGAUGAUCGCCAUUUUCAAGAAUAUCCGGGCAUGGCGCCAAAUUUAUACCCUCAAGACCGACGAGAAAAUCGUUACUAUAGGCUGGACGAGGUAACCGCGCCUACGCCACAGCAGAUGCAUUAUCGGCACGAUUAUCAACCUCAACUUGUAGCCCCUCCUACCCAUGGCCUCUAUAUCGAAAACCAUGGAUCACCACAUCGGCAUCAUAUCCCCGAACAACGCGUAGUCUGGGUGGAUCGUUGAUCUUCGUCUGAGCACUGACUCGAGAUCAGUAGAUUAAUAAUUCGGCAACGAAAUUCCUUUUUGUGGUUCCAUUAUCAGAACCAACUGGCGGGUGGAUGCGAAAAUGAUAUGAACGUUAUGGCAAAGGUGGUAUCGGUACGGCUUUAGUGGAACGGCAGCAUUUGAGAUACCCCCCAUUGGCAUUAUUGUCGUUUCUUUCGAGCAUCAUUGCAUGGCAAGGCGUUAUCGGCACUCGCAUCACGGCAUCGAGGCAUACAAUCGACAGCAUGAUAGCCUUCUCGGCUAAGGAGUUUAAGGAUUGCAUACUUAGCUUUUGGCUAAACGGACCUAUCUUCUUUAUCUGUCACCUGGAAUGGCAUCCCUGUUAUGAGUAUUGUACCUAUAUACAAUUACAAGCACACUACGGACCUAUGUCCCCGGAUAGAUGAAUACUUUCCAUGUA